AUGUAUCGUUUAUGUGUUCGUCGUUGUGCAUCAACAUUUUCACUUCGGUAUACGACGAUAAAUGAGCCGAUCCUUGAAUAUCGACGUAAUAGUAAUGAAAUACAACAAGUGCAAAAGAUUCUCGAGGAAUAUCAAUUAAAAGUAACACGUAUUCCAUGUAUUAUUGACGGAAAAGAAUUUUGGACAAAUGAUAUCCAAAAGCAAGUUCUUCCAUUCGAUCAUCAACAUGUGCUAGCUGAAUAUUGUUAUGCGGACAAAUCAAUUAUUCAAAAAGCUAUCGACCGUGCAGCUAAAAACCAAGCGACUUGGAAUGCAAUACCUAUCGAGCAACGUGCUAAUAUUUUUCUUAAGGCAGCUGAUCUUGCCGCUGAUUUAAAAUGGCGAUCUCGGUUAGUUGCUUCGACUAUGCUGGGUCAAGGUAAAACUGUUUUUCAAGCAGAAAUCGAUGCCGCUUGUGAAUUAAUUGAUUUUUGGCGUUUCAAUGUUCAACAUAUGGCAGCAGCAAUGGCUUAUCAACCAACAAGCACACAAGAUUCUGAUAAUAGUUACGGAUAUCGAGGUCUUGAAGGCUUUGUUGCUGCUAUAUCCCCAUUUAACUUCACUGCUAUCGGUGGUCAUCUUGCUUCCGCUCCAGCUUUCAUGGGCAAUACUGUCGUAUGGAAACCAUCGGAUGCUGCUGUACUAUCAAAUUAUAUAGUCUAUAAGAUUCUUGAAGAAGCUGGUCUACCUCCUGGUAUCAUUCAGUUUGUACCAUCGAGAGGUGAAGAUUUCGGUCGAACAAUUACUCAAUCACAAGAUCUUGCUGCUAUUACAUUUACUGGUAGUACAAAAACGUUUAAAACUCUAUGGAAAUGGGUAGCAGAAAAUAUCGAUCACUAUCGAACAUUUCCUCGUUUAGUCGGUGAAUGUGGUGGUAAAAAUUUUCAUUUAAUUCAUCCAUCAGCUGAUAUAACAACUAUCGUCAAUGGAACAAUACGCUCAGCUUUCGAAUAUAGUGGACAAAAAUGUUCUGCUUGCUCUCGUGUUUAUUUGCCACGAUCAUUAUCGAAUGAAUUUUAUUCACAAAUGAAAACAAUUAUGGAAAAGCAAUUACGUAUUGAUACACCGUUGAAAUUCGAUACAUUCACGUCGGCUGUUAUUGAUCGUAAUUCAUUUAAUCGUAUUAGAAUGUAUAUUGAUUAUGCACGAAAAUCAUCAUCAACGAAAAUUAUUUUUGGUGGAGAAUGUAAUGAUUCCGUUGGCUUUUAUAUACAGCCAACAUUAAUUGAAACGGCCGAUCCAAAUCAUAAAUUAAUGCAAGAAGAAAUUUUUGGGCCUGUUGUUACUGUCUACGUAUAUGAUGAUAAAAAAUAUGAUGAAACUGUUAAUUUAGUGAAUCAAACAUCCAAUUAUGCUUUAACUGGUUCCAUUUUCUGUCAGGAUAAAACUAUCCUAGAGAAAACUCGUGAUCGUCUAGUAAAUGCAGCUGGUAAUCUCUAUUUAAACGAUAAAUCAACUGGAUCGGUUGUAAAUCAGCAACCAUUUGGUGGUGCACGUUUAUCCGGUACGAAUGAUAAAGCAGGUGGUCCCCAUUAUAUCUUUCGUUUUUCUUCUCCAUUAGCUAUAAAAAGUAUGAAAGUACCAUUGACAACAUUUAAACAUGUUUCAAUGGAAUGA